AUGCCUUUGGGUAUUAUCGACGUCAAACCCGAUUCAUCUGGCCACCAUGUCCCUGGGACGGUGUUGCUGGAGGAUUCUGAUAUCGCCCAUCAACAUUCUCACGUCAAAAAGGGCACCGGCAAGGAGGCCAAUAUCAUUUUGGUGCCUCAGCCAUCGAAUGAUCCCAACGACCCAUUGAAUUGGCCCCUAUGGCAACGCGACCUGAUUCUGGUACUCUAUUGUUACCUCAGUCUACUUGUUAUCGGAGGAAUUGGCCCGGUGCUUGCGUCUCUUGCCCUAGUCCUCAUUGCAGAGUUCGACAUCACGUUUGAGCAGGUAUCGCUCCUCACAGGAUACCAGCUUUGCGCUGUCGGCGCUGUGGCCGUCUUCGUAUCUGCGCUGUCCCGAAAAUUCGGCAAGCGUCCAGGCUUCGUCAUUUCGGCUACGCUUUGCUUUGCCGGAUGCCUCUGGGCAGGAGCCGCUAAUUCAUACGGCUCACUGGUCGGUGCUCGUGUGCUACAAGGAGUCGGUGUUGCCAUGUACGAGAGCGUGACGUUCGCUGUCAUUGGUGACAUGUACCAUGUCCAUCAAAGAGGCAGUCGCAUGGCAAUAUUCGUUGUUGCAAACGUCGGCAUUUCUCAUUUGCCAUCCAUUGUGGCCGGCAAGGUCACGAUGGACCUUGGCUGGAGAUAUGUCUUCUGGAUCUUGUGUGCCUUCAUGGGUCUAGGGUGGGUACUCAUUAUUCUUUUCGGAUGGGAAACGGCGUACAAUCGAGAUGCGCUAUUUGACACCGAUACGUCUUCAGACAACAACAUCGACGUCAUUGAGAUUAUGAAGACCGAGGCCAGCCACGAAGAGAAGCCGACCGCCGGCGAUCUCGAAGGAACCACCACGAAUGAUAGUCAAGCUAAGGCUCGCGACUCCUACCUCAAGAGGUUGAGGUUCUACUCCGGCACCUACGACAAAGAAUCGCUUCUCUGGAUGAUCCUUAAACCCCUGAUCAUUCUGAUCAACCCGGUUGUUCUCUGGGCUGUACUCUUUCUUGCUCUGACGCAAGUUUUUAUCUUGGGGCUCGCCUAUACGAUCGCUCAAAUAUUUGGCGUCCCACCCUAUUCUCUGAAUACCGCCCAGCUGGGCUACAUGCUUGCCGGACCAAUGAUUGGAGGCUUCCUUGGCUGCCUCUUGUGCGGCUUUGUAUCCGACCCCGCGGCAAGAUGGGCCAGCAAACGCAACGGAGGUGUAUAUGAGCCGGAAUUUCGCCUGUGGCUCAGUGUAGGGACGCCAUUGUUAUCGGCCCUCGGCUACUUCCUGUUCGGCAAUAUGGCUGAGCAAAACAAGAGUCCCGUUGCCAUAUCCGUCAUUUUCGGAAUUGUUUUCGGCUCCGUCCAGUUCUCGAUCAACAGCAUCAGUACCUACCUUGUCGAUGGUUUUCGCAAUAUCAGCAUCGAGACAUUCAUCAUGGCCAUGACCGUCAAGAACUUCUUGUUCUUUAGCUUCUCUUAUUUUGUUAACGACUGGGUGGCUAGCUGGGGACCUGCUAAGUCCAUGGAUACCAUGGGGGCAAUUGAGCUGGGUCUAUGCCUGACUACUAUCCCCAUUUAUAUCUAUGGCAAGAAACUCAGGGCGUGGUGGCACUCACACAGCGUUCUCGGCAAAUUUUAGAGUCUAGACAUUGUCGACCCGAACCGCCUCGCGAGCAUUAACUAGGCCAUCGAGCUAGGGGCAAGUGACUGAUCAAGAGUCGAAUAACGAAAGUAUUCCC